UCCUGAGGCUCGGGGACACCUUGGAGAGUUGGAAGGGAAUAUCAUGCUCCAGAGCUGAGUGAAUACCUCGUUGGUGUCCAAUCUUGACAAUUUUUACACUCGAUGUGUUGACUCCUACUUUACUAUUUGCAGUUCUUCAACCUCGUCUAUUGAACGGACUUCAAGUCCCAGCCGAAAUGCUAUACGUUGCAACUUCUCAACACCAGAGCUGAUCUAUCAACAUACAUUGUGAAUCUCGCCGUAUAACAAACGCCUCGGAAGCUCCAAAGCUCGUUUGGGAAGCUCCAGGCAGUAUCUUACGCCAUGCGAGCUUCAGCCUCUUCGCUGGGUGCAAGAGCUCUCUUUGCGCUCGGCGCUUUUCGACACUUUGGCGCUCUCGCGAGUCCAAGCAUUAAUGUCGCUCUUCGAGCUUCGUUCAACCCUGCGCCAUAUCUGGUAGAGCUACUCGAGACCGCCGCAGAAGAGAACGCGACCGCAUACUAUCCGAUCCUCGACCGAGUAUCGCAAGGCUAUUUUAACGAGAAAGCCACAGAGCUAGAGCUGUAUACCGCAUUUGUAGAUCUAUUACACAGCGAUGGCCACAUCACCGAGCCCGAAGCCCUCGCCUCUUUCGAAUUCGCGCUAUCAGUUCGAUCGGCCGCGCCGCGAAUUGAAGCACAUUACCAGUUCUACAAGACCUCUGUGGAGCCCUCCUUGACUGCGAAACAAACUGAAGCAUGCGAGAUAUGGGCCUCGUUCAAUGGGAAGCAAUACUGCUCGCCACAUAUGGACGAGCCAUUUGGCGACAUUAAGAGCGAACGAACAUACGAAUUACCAUUCGACCGUAUACUCGGCAACAGCUCGGCUUUGUCUGCCAUCAUAUAUGCCGACAUUACCGCUCCGCGAUUCAAGAAAUGGCACAGGACCUUCAGCGAUACGGCCAAGGAAGGGAAGACAUCGUACCGGGUCCGACAUAAGCCUUCCUUGAAGGCAGCAGCUUCUCCACUCAUAGUGAACGGAUACGGCGUUGAACUCCAACUAAAGCGGACCGACUACAUUGUCAUUGAUGACAGGCAGGAGAAGAGCGUUGACCAGAAGCCGCUGGGUACGGGUCUUAAUGACGAUGAUGAAGUAGCGGACCUUAAGCCCCUAUCCAAGGACGAAGUCUCUGACCUUGGUCUGAAAGCUGCGAGCUUUGUGAUGAAUAGCAAGGAGCCUAUGGACACACUCCUCAAGCUGGUACAGGACUUCCCAAAGUACUCAUCGAUCAUUGCUGGCCACACCGCAUCUGAAGAGUUUCUAGAUGAACAUACCAAGAAUCGCGAACAACUUCUUCCAACAGGACACAACGCCAUUUGGAUCAAUGGCGUACAGAUCCCGGCGCGUGACGUAAACCCGUACUAUCUGCUAGCACAUUUACGACGCGAACGAAAGUUGAUCAAUGGCAUUCGAAGUCAGGGUCUUUCUGGUGCUGAGACUAUCUCUUUGUUGUCGCAUUCCGCUAUCACAGAGACCCAGACGGAAGAUGAGCCCCAACGUUAUGACUUCAGGGAUACGGCUGAGGGCGGUAACGUCAUAGUUUGGAUGAACAACAUCGAGAAGGACUCCAGAUACGAAAGCUGGCCCACAGAGCUUAGGGCUCUUCUUCAAAGGACGUACCCAGGUCAACUACCCGCUGUCCGUCGGAACAUCCACAACGCCAUUGUCUCUGUCGACUUCACAUCCGCUGAAGAUGUCUCAACUGUCCUUGAUACGAUGCUUAGUUUGGUCAAGCGUGGGAUUCCACUACAAUGGGGUCUUGUGCCUCAAACCUCUACAGCAGGUGCAUUAGAACAAGCUGCAGUUGUCUACCACCUGCAGGACGCCUAUGGUCUUUCUGCGGUGAUCAAUUACCUGCAAGCAUCAGCCGACGGUAAGAAGCUAGCGCGUCCCGACAAAGCCACCUUCGAGAUGGUUGUCAAAGGCGCCAAGCUCCGCAGCGAACGGGAAGCGCUCGCACUCGCAGAUGUACUGAAAUCAGGGGAGAUAGAAAAGCGCAUCGAUGGAGCCAAACUGUACCUGAGGCGCUUAGCCGCAGAUGGCCCGAAAGCACCAGUAUUCGUCAACGGUGUCCCGAUCGUGCGAAGUGAAGAAUGGCUCUCGACACUUAGCCAGCGAAUCGGAAUGGACCUUCACCAAAUCCAGAAAGGUGUCUUCGAAGGUGUCCUCAACGACGAAACUUGGGUGCCACAAUACUUCUUGUUCCAGGCUGCUGCUAAGCGCAAUCCGCUAAUCAUACCGGAGAACGAGAAGAACAUAACCCUUGUCAAUAUGGCGGAGUUCGAAGAGAAGCAUGGAGAGGUUUUCAAGAAGAUGCCGCGGAUCGAGGCCACUGAGUCAGCUAGCAAGAGCGACUGGGCGCAUCUUACGCUUAUUGGAAACUUUGAUUCGGAAUCUGGACUUGCUCUGCUAAAGUCGGUAGCCGACUUUCGCGCAACAAACCAGAAUAUCGAAGUCGUUCUAGUCCACAAUCCCCAAACUGGCGCGGAACAGUCCAAUGCGUCAGAAGAUAUACUGGAAGCUUACGUCAAAUCGGGUCGCAAGCUCACAAGUCAUGCCCUAUCGACCAUACUAGCCCAAACGCCAAACUUUGGGCCUACUCCAGCAAAUUCUACAAUCUUCUGGAAGGUCGCAGAACCGGUUUAUGAUGCUUUUAAUCUGAAGCCAGGUCAGCAUGGUCUUCUUGUCAAUGGCCGAUUUGUUGGCCCAAUACCGGAGGACUUAGUGUUCUCAAAAGAGGAUGUUGAGAGUCUGUUGGCAUAUGAAAACAACAAGCGCAUUCAGCCUCUAAGUAAGGCUCUGGCAGACCUGAAACUCACAGAUAAGAUUGCGUCUCCAUUCGAUGUCGCCAAGAUCCAGUCCCUGGUUGCGCUCUCCACGAUCUCUGAUGUUCCAGAAGGCAUCUUUGAAUCGGCCUCAACGUUGAGGAUAAGUACAUAUGAUAAUUGGGCCGCCGACCACACUGCUAUCAUCAAAGGUGGCCACGAGAAAGCUGUCUUCCAUAUUGUAGCCUCUAUUGACCCGGCUACGGAGUUGGCGCAGAAGUGGGUUCCGAUACUGAAGACGCUGAGCGAUAUGGCUGGUGUCCAUCUGAAGCUCUUCUUGAACCCUAAGCAGACGCUACAGGAGCUUCCAGUCAAGCGAUUCUACAGAUACAUCCUUGAUUCUCGACCUCACUUCAACUCAGACGGAUCUGUUGGCACUCUAGAGGCGCACUUCUCUGGUAUUCCCAAGGAGGCUUUGCUCAACUUGGGUAUGGACGUCCCACCCUCGUGGCUCGUUGCACCAGAAGAAUCAAUCCAUGAUCUUGACAAUAUUAAAUUGAGCUCGCUUCCUGCCGGAGGCAAUAUCGAUGCGAUAUAUGGAUUGGAAAGCAUUCUCAUCGAAGGACACUCUCGCGACACAACGAAUGGUGGUCAACCACCGCGCGGUGCUGAAGUCGUCCUAGCCACGGAAAAGGACCCUCAUUUUGCCGACACUAUUAUCAUGGCCAAUCUAGGUUACUUCCAGUUCAAAGCCAAUCCCGGCUUCUAUAAUAUUCAACUCAAGAGUGGUCGCUCACAAGAAAUCUUCACACUUGACAGUGCUGGACCGAAAGGCUGGGCCCCACAGCCAGGAGACGAGACAACCGAGAUCGCUCUCAUGAGCUUUCAAGGAGCCACAAUUUUCCCGCGCCUAUCCCGCAAACCGGGACAGGAAGAGGCGGAUGUCCUCGCAGCCGAAGAAUCGCUCGCCUCUGAGCUUGUAGGCAAAGGCACACAGAAAGUCAACAAGUUUCUCGGCAAGAUCGGGUUGAAUUUCAACAGUGAGAAAGUGAUUCAGAAAGGCGCCGAAUUACUCGCCGGAAAGUCCGUGAAGAAGGAUACACAAGCCGACAUCAAUAUAUUCUCUGUCGCAUCGGGUCACCUCUACGAACGCAUGCUUAACAUCAUGAUGCUCUCUGUCAUGAAGCACACGAAUCACACUGUUAAGUUUUGGUUCAUCGAGCAAUUUCUCUCGCCUAGCUUCAAGUCCUUCCUUCCGACCAUGGCGCAAGAAUACGGCUUCGAGUUCGAAAUGGUGACGUACAAAUGGCCGCACUGGCUACGCGGACAAACCGAGAAGCAGCGCGAAAUCUGGGGUUACAAGAUCUUGUUCCUAGAUGUUCUGUUCCCAUUGGAUCUCGAGAAGGUCAUCUUUGUGGAUGCAGAUCAGAUCGUGAGAACGGACAUGUACGAACUUGUGGAACAUGAUUUGAAGGGUGCGCCGUACGGCUUCACACCCAUGGGCGACUCGCGCACCGAGAUGGAAGGCUUCCGCUUCUGGAAAACAGGAUACUGGGCCAACUUCCUCCGCGGCCGUCCGUAUCACAUCUCUGCGCUCUACGUAGUCGACCUGCUCAAGUUCCGGCAACUCGCUGCUGGCGACCGCCUACGACAGCAAUAUCACAGCCUCUCAGCUGAUCCAAACUCCUUGUCCAAUCUAGACCAGGAUCUACCGAACAAUAUGCAGUUCAACCUCCCAAUCCAUAGUUUACCACAGGAGUGGCUAUGGUGCGAGACAUGGUGUAGUGAUGAGGAUCUUGCAAAAGCUAAGACCAUUGAUUUAUGUAACAACCCCCAGACGAAAGAGCCGAAGCUUGAUCGUGCGAGGAGGCAGGUCCCCGAGUGGAAUGUAUAUGACGAGGAGGUUGCGGCGUUGGCGAGACGGGUUAAGGGGGAGAAGAGCAAGGCCGAGGAAGUGAUUGAUGUACAGGCAGAAGAGCAGAUUAGAGAGAAGAGAGAGAAGGAUGCAGAAAGGAAGAGGGAUGAAUUGUGAGUGUGGUGACCGUGUAAAUUAGCGGGAAGUAGAGGAGCGAAAACAUUCCAGGAGUUUGGCUCGAAUUAGAAAGCAUAUGGUUUGAAGGCAAAGUGUUAAUCAUUUUGAUCUUAAAUGAGACUUGUAGACUCACAUUCAUGACCUUCACGCUCAUUGAUGUUGUGCUUUAACAUCCCGCC